ACAAGACUGGUUACUCGCAUCAAUGCCUCUGUCUCGUCCUUUAACAUUCAAACAUGGUGUCAGAGUCGGAUAACUAACCAUGCUUUCCGCAAAUUAGAGUCACAUGCUCUGGUUUGCAAACAAAUGCUUAUUUGUGUAAAAUUUCGCCCGGAAUUGGCUUUAAGCUAGAGUGAGUUUGCUAUUUAAUAAAUAAAGGUAAAUAAAUUUAGCUUCAGUGUUGUUAGCACCGGUUAGACAUGGUAGCGAACAUUCGCCCUCCCGCGGUUAUGAAGCUCAGCGGGGAUUGGAGCACGAACUGGGAUACGUUUAGAUGUGAAUGGGAGGACUAUGCGCUAGCUACGGGACUUCUGGAAAAGGAAGAUGAGGUAGUGGCUGCCACUUUAAGGACUAUAAUGGGAACUGGAUGAACUGAGCGCCUCUUCAACCUCAGGAGGCUGAAGAAAUUCGUCUUGUCACCAAAAGCACUCACAAACUUCUACAGAUGCACAAUCGAGAGCAUCCUGGCGGGCUGUAUCACCGCCUGGUACGGCAACUGCUCCGCCCACAACCGUAAGGCUCUCCAGAGGGUAGUGAGGUCUGCACAACGCAUCACCGGGGGCAAACUACCUGCCCUCCAGGACACCUACACCACCCAAUGUCACUGUGAUCCCCUGGCUCUUCACCCAGUACCUCAGGCCCCACGUGACUUGCUGGGGUUCCUUCUUUUGUCAUGCGACCCCUAUGACCAUCAGGGUUCUGAGUAGGUGCUGGCUCAGCAAUCUGAAGGUCAACCCUUUUACGAUGGUACAGUGAUCCAUUCACUUCAACCAAGUAGGAGCAUGGUGCCACUUUCUGUACACAGGAUCCGAGUCUCCAGAGGCCUGUCCGGUCCCCUGGUAGUGGCUUCAUUCGCACCGUUUCACCCACCCUGAGCUCAGGUGUACACUCUGCCAUACACACCAGACUCUGCUGAAGCCUGUCGCAACAAAACAGCUGAAUACUAUAACACACUGAUGAACCUGUGCUGCAGCAAGUGUGCUCCCGGGACACGCCUUAAGAAUGAAUGCAGCACUACCUCAGACACAGUGUGUGAACCAUGUCCCAGUGGCCAAUACAGUGGGACCUUCAAUUACUUCACAAAAUGCUUCAGAUGUCCCAAGUGUUCAGAAGGAAAAGGCCUGCAGUAUGCCCAGGAUUGCUCUAGCACCACCAAAACCCAGUGUAUGUGCCAGACUGGGAAGUUCUGCAUAAUGGAACAACAUCCAAACUGUAAGGAGUGUGGCAGUUAUACACACUGCCAGCCUGGCCAUGGUGUUGCCAUAGAAGGGACAACAGAUUCAGAUGUGAACUGUGCACCAUGCCCUAAUGGAACCUUCUCUGACCAGCACUCCUACACCCAGACCUGCCAGCACCACACAGACUGUGUGUCGCAGAGAAGGGGUGUACUGACUUAUGGUAACACCACCUCAAAUGCUGUGUGUGGACCUAAGGUUAGACCACCGACCCGCCCACCGACCACAAUUCCGACCUCUGGUACAGGGCAUACCACGCCAAGUCUACAGAGCCUGUAUACAGAUGACAAAUCACCAGGCUUUGACCUUCGUAUAGUUUCAGGUGUUAUCGGAGGUGUUAUCGGAGGUGUUAUCCUGCUGCUGAUCAUAGGCACAGUCAUUUACAAGAAAGCCUUCAUAGGGUCCAGGCUUGUAUCUUCUAUAGAAGAUAGAAAUGGAAAUUGGGACGCCAUUAAAUUUGAUAGUGACGGACCAAUGGUUCUUCAGAACAGUUCAUUCAUUACUAGCUAUCGGGAACAGCAGCGAUGUUUGAUGGGAAAGGGAAACUGCAGCAAUCCCAGUCAGGCAGAGAACCAGCAAGAUACUAGAAGGACCUGGGUGUCAGACAGCCUGGAGGGCCUGUCAAUAGGCCCCCUUCAGUCCACUCCUCCACAGCCCAGCACCCAGCCCAGCCCUCAACCCACCAGCCCCCAGCCUACCAGUCCCUUGCCAUCUAGUCCCCUAGUUAAUGUCAACAUCACUGUUAACUACCCUGUGACCUUAGGAAAUGGGUCAUGCUCCACACCUACCAGCACCCACAUAGACUCAUCCCAGGCUGACCCUGAGCUCCCUCUAUCAAGGGAGGAGGAGGUGUAUGUCAACAUGCCACAGCAAGAGGGCGGAAAAGAGGCACUUACGGCAAUACAGGAGAGUGGAAAUGAUGUUUGAGGACUGGCAGCAGAUAGGACAGCACCAGACAAUAGAUUUUUUCACACUGGUUGUUGUCUCUGUUUUUAUAUGAUUGCUACUACUGUUGCUGACUGAAUUGGUGGAGAGAGACUGCACAGAAUGACUGUUCAUGUGUCUUAGGCAUGGACUUGUCAUAAUGUGCUGUGCUGGAAAGCCUUGAGCACCUGAAUAGAUUGUCAAUGACUGUUCAAAGAAUGAUUGAUAUGUGAGUAAUGUAUGUAAUUACUGUGAAUGUUGUAAAUAUACACUGAAAAAAAAUAUAAACACAACAUGCAACAAAUUCAAAGAUUUUACUGAGUUACAGUUCAUAGAAGGAAAUCAGUCAAUUGGAAUAAAUUAAUUGGGCCUUAAUCUAUGGAUUUUUAUUGACUGGGCAGGGGCGCAGCCAUGGGUGGGCUUGGGAGGGCAUAGGCCCACCCACUUGGGAGCCAGGCCCAGCCAAUCAGAAUGGGUUUUCCCCCACAAAAUGUCACACCCUGAUCUUUUUCACCUGUCUUUGUGCUUGUCUCAACCCCCUCCAGGUGCCGCCCAUCUUCCCCAUUAUCCCCAGUGUAUUUAUACCUGUGUUCUCUGUUUGUCCGUUGCCGGUUCAUCUUGUCAAGCCUACCAGCAAGUUUUUCCAUGCUCCUGUUUUUCCUAGUCUCUGUUUUCUAGCCCUCCCGGUUCUGACCUGUUCUGCCUACCCUGACACUGAGCCCGCCUGCCUGACCAUUCAGCCUGCCCUGACCUCGAGCCUGCCUGUCUCCCUGUAGCUUUUGGACUCUGACCUGGUUAAUGAACUUCUGCCUGCCUAUUGCCUGCCCCUUGUAUUUUAAUAAAUAUCAGAGACUCAAA